ACGAAUUCUCCACCUAACCAUCGGAAUCCGCCACUGGAUCACCGAGGUUUACUGCUCGGUACGGCUAGCGAUGCUGGCAGGGGAGGACCAUUUAGCCAGUUUUGUCCGAUGCCAAGGAUGAGAGCGGUCAGAAUGGAGAGCACGCUUAUUCCAGUCGUGAUCGUUGCGCUCGUGUCGCUUGGCCAAAUCUCGAGAGUGGCAUCGGAGUGUGCUACUUUCCCUGCGCUCUUCAACUUUGGAGACUCGACCUCGGAUACUGGAGGAAUCCAGGCGGCAUUCCCGACCUUCAGCCAGGCGGAGUUUGCUCCUUAUGGCAUGACGUUCCCUGGGAAGCCGUUUCUAAGAUACAGCGAUGGUCGGCUCGGUGUUGAUUUCCUCUCUGAAGCUCUUGGGAUUCCCUACCUCAGUCCUUACUUCCAGUCUGUUGGAUCGAAUUACACCUAUGGUGUCAACUUCGCAACAGCCGGAGCUACAUCGCAGGCCGUGACAUACAUCAGCCCCUUCUCACUCAACGUUCAGCUCAACCAGUUCAGGGAAUUCAAGCAGAGAGUCCUUGCGAGCAAUGGAACAAGAAAUCUGAAUGCUCUUCCCUCGCCGAGCGUCUUCUCCAGAGCCAUCUACUAUGUGGACAUUGGUGGGAAUGAUUUUAGCUACGGCUACACGAGGAACAUGACGUUCGAUCAAGUCAAGGGGUACAUCCAUCAAGUGGUGGACGGGAUCAUCUUCCUCGUGAAGGGAGUGUAUGCCGAAGGAGGCAAGACGUUCAUCAUCUCCGACGUCGGCCCGCAAGGCUGCGUCCCAUACUUCCUCACCAAUUUCCCAAACUUGGCAGUGACUUACGACUCGGCCGGAUGCGCUCGAGAGUUCAACGCGGUGACGCAGUACUACAACGGGCUCCUUCGAAAGGCCUCGAGACUCAUGCGAGCCGCCUUCACAGGCACCACCAUUGUCUACCUCAACUCUUACGAUAUCAAAUACGCUCUCACGCUCAACGCUGCCAGCUACGGAUUCCAAUACGCGACUCGGGCUUGCUGCGGCACAGGAGGCGAUUACAACUACAACUUCGGGGUCCAGUGCGGGGAGUCGAAGAUCGUGAAUGGCAAGUCAGUGGUGUCCACGACUUGCAAGGAUCCAUCUCAGUAUCUCAACUGGGAUGGAGUUCACUACACCGAGGCCGCGAACAGGAUCAUCACCAGGCAGAUACUGAGUGGAAACUACUUCGAUCCAAAGCUUCCGCUGGACACCUUGUGUUCUCUCAACACCAUUUGAUUGCUUGCUUCCAAGGCACAAGCGAGAAAAUUUUGCACGAGAAAAGGCUGGGGUCUUUGUUUUCUUUUCUCCUUACAGGGCAACUGCGAAGUUCCAGAUGCUCAGAUUGGGCAUCCUGUCAAUGUCUUGCAAGAGAAGGUAAAAAAUGGCAGGUGAAACACAGAAAUUCACUGAA